CGCAGGGGGAGUGGUCUGGUGAUGUAUCCGCGUUAGGAGCUCUGUUUCCCGGGUAGCCUCUGAGCGGUGCCUCGCUGUGAUUUCUCCCGGUCCCGGUGGUGUCUCCCAGCGGAGAGCUGCUGUCUGUCUCCCCGGUGAAAGAUGGAGCUGCUCCCGGUUCUCCUCCUGCUGUUGGCCGCCUGUCUGCAGCCCGGCUCCGGUGCAGUGUCCCGGUCAGGACCCAAAGUCACCGAGAAGGUGUUCUUUGACGUCACAGUGUCGGGUCACGAGGUCGGGCGGAUCGUCAUCGGUCUGUUUGGUGACGUCGUCCCUCUCACUGUCAAUAACUUCGUUGCCCUGGCCACCGGAGAGAAAGGUUACGGCUACAAAGGGACAAAGUUCCACAGAGUCAUUAAAGACUUCAUGAUCCAGGGAGGAGACUUCACGGCUGGAGACGGAACCGGAGGUCACAGCAUCUAUGGGACAACGUUUACUGAUGAGAACUUCAAACUGAAGCACCUAGGAGCUGGAUGGGUGAGUAUGGCGAACGCCGGGCCCGACACCAACGGGUCUCAGUUCUUCAUCCUGGCUUCCAAGGCUCUGUGGCUGGACGGGAAACACGUGGUCUUCGGGCGGGUCCUGGACGGGAUGGCCGUGGUUCACACCAUCGAGCUGCAGGACACCAACGACAGGAACCUGCCGCACACCGAGUGUGUGAUCGUCAACAGCGGCAGGAUCCCGGUCAAACAGCCCUUCGUGGUGGAGGUGGAGGGCUGGUAACACGUUUGAUUACUUUAGCAUAAAAACACCAGCUAAUAGGUCCUGGUGUUGGUUUGAAUAGUUUGGUACCAGAACCGUGCGCUAACAGAGGUUUACAUACUUGAAGGAAAACACCGUUAUGAAUAUUAUAUGACAUCAUUUCUGAAUCUUCCUCACUGGAUCUUUAGAACAGGAAACGUCUGACACUCAACGCUACAGACGACUGUCAGCUGGUAUCAAACGUUAGCAUGUUGCAUGUCACAAAGACUGAAUAUAACAUGCUAAACGUUAGCGCGUGUUUCAUAACAGGAAACUGACUGAAGAGCAUGUUUUUAAAUGUUUGGUGCUGUGAAUCAAAUAUGACUUUUAUCUUGAAACUUGCACUUACACAACAACUGUAGCUCCUCAUCCAUCUCUUAUUGCCAAAUAAUAUCCAUUUGCCAAAUUUCAUUACAUUUUCUAUGCAUUGAAUAUUUAAAUAUCAUUUUAAUAAACAUAUGCAAACAAAAGAAAAACAUGCAAACUCUGUAGCAGGUGUCAAACAUCUUUCUGGCUCUUAUUAUUUAUCUUCUUCUUUCACGUUUGGAUUUUUCUUCCUGAUGAAUUAUGCACCGUAUCAUGUUUGCUAAAAAAUCUACAGCACAAAUUGCACAGCAAGAAAAAUAUUGUAAAAGUGUGGAAACGAGAAUUAAUAUUGUCUGUUACUGUUUCUGUUUAAUUUAAAUAAUGAAUCUAAAUGUUUGACCAUGUGACUGCGUCAGUGAACCUGACGGUUGAUUCCUCAGAGUUGUUUUUAAUGUCGUCUGUGUUUGAACUAAUCUUCCUCACGCCACUGAAGCUAAUGCAGCAUUAAAAACCAAACAUAUCAAAAGUUAUGUUUCAUUAUUUAUAUUAACAAGAGAAGAGAAAAGUGUGAACAGCUGUGUUUUCUACAAUAAACAGAAAAUAUGUAUCUGA